GAGGGAGGUAAAGGGCAGGGAAACGUUAAGUAUGGGCUUUGCUGCAUUCACUCAUUCGUUUUUCAAAUACGAAAUGAAUGCCUGCAUUCCAGGUUCUUUGCUAAACGAUGAGGAAUACGCGAUAACAAAGCCAGACAAGAUCCUUGCCCUCACGGGGUUCCGGUCUAGUGAGGGAGACUGAUAAGCAGAUAAGUGACACAAACAUUGCUUUCAGGUAGUGACAAAUACCAGAAAGAAAGGAACGUGUGAAGCAAUGGAGGGUGUUAGGAACCGACGGUCAGAGAGGGCCCCUUCAAGGCGGGAACAUUUAAGCUGAGACUUGGAGAAUGAUGAGAAGCUGUUUUACAAGGAUUUGGGGGCAGAACCUUCCAAGCAAGGGGAGCAGAAUGAAUAAAGGCUCCGCCAUGAGGAAGAGAUUGAUGUACCAGGAGCUGAAAUGACACCUCUGGUGGGAGGUGCCUGCAGAAGGGGAGGCUAGAAGGUGAGACUUGCCAGAGACUGUGGGCUGAGGUUUCUCCUUGGUAUAUGGCGGAGAGUGGAGAAAGGGAGGUUAUGAAGAUGAUCCAACCUUCCUCAUCCUCACGCUCCUCUGCCAGCCUGUGGUGUGUGGUCAGUCAGGCUGCCUUGCCUCGGUUGCAAAGACAGCACUCCGUGGCCUGCAACUCUGUCACCUCCUAGAGCACCCCAGUUUUUCUGUUUUCAACUAACAAAGUUCGAGGCUAGUCUUGAAGAUUAAUACUACAACCCAACAGGCCACUGACCAGAACAAGCUGGACUCAAAUGUUCAGGGGAAAGUGGAAAAAAUACCUGGAGGGCCUAAAUCCAGCAGCUUCUCAUGUACCUUAUGCUCCUGUGGGCAUGCCCCUGUGACAGGUUCCUGGCAAUACCUAACUCCCUGGGACUAGUCACUCUUUAUUGAGCACUUCCUGUGUGUUAAGAGUUAGUGCUGGGCUCAGUGGUCUACUUGUAUUCUCUCAUUUAUUUAAUUCUGAUAACAGCCCUGUGAGGCAGUGGAUCAGUUAGGAUUACAAAUAACAGAGAUCCAAAAUAGCAGGAUCUUUUUUUUUUUUUAAAGAUUUUAUUUAUUUAUUUGACAGAGAGAGACACAGCGAGAGAGGGAACACACGCAGGGAGAGAGGGAGAAGCAGCCUCCCCGCUGAGCAGGGAGCCCAAUCAAUGCGGGGCUCGAUCCCUGGACCCUGGGAUCACGACCUGAGCCGAAGGCAGAUGCCCAAUGACUGAGUCACCCAGGCGCCCCCAAAAUAGCAGGAUCUUAACCAAGAUAGAAUUCUGGACUGAGACUAAGGAAAUAAUGAGUAUAAAUUCUGGAAAUGAAUAUAAAUCUUCUGGAAAGAAAAUCUCGACUUUUAUUAUUUACAGACUAUAUUUCCUAGCUAGAAAAACAAACUUAAAUAAUUUCAGAAAGAAAAGAAGAGCUAUUGGGUGGUCAAUUUCAAGUCAUUGUAUACAAAUAACUUGUCAUCUACCGGCAGUGCCCAAUAAAAUAUAUGGAAAAGAUCUGGAGCCACAGAUCUGCACUAAAGUAGAGUGUGGGAGCAGGUACAAAUGCAUGGAAAGGAGAACCCAGAGCUCCCCAGCAGGGACGCCGCCGGCCCGCACAGGAAGCUGCCGGUGGGAGAGCGGGGGGCUCCCCGGGGUCAGCGUCCCCGUGGGCCGCGUCCUGCCGCACGGCCUCGGCCGAGGUGCGAAGACUCGCCGCAGGAGGCUCCGCGUCCCUCACUGGACUGCAUUUCCCAGGAGGCUCCACGCCCCGCUAGGAGCGGCUAAAGACUUUGGCGAGGGCGGGGCCAAGAAGCUGGAAAUUAGUAUCCCGGGGCCGAGCAGCGCGCUGGCCUUCGGCCCUCCGCCCUCCACCCACUCGAGGAAAGAACCGGAGGCGGAAGGAAGAGUCCAUUCUCAGCGGAUCCCUUCCGGCGUAUGGCGCACUCUACUCGUAGCUGGGCCAGACGCCGUGUCGGCCCAACAAACCAGCCUUGGCUUUCCCUUUCCGCCCUUCACGGACCAGCAGGGCAGAGAAAUGUGAAAGAACGAGUCUAGAAGCGAACCUCAGCUUGGGGGCACAGGAAUACGUGUCCAGAUGUCCACCUGGCUGCCACAGGGGAUCCCUUUGGGAGACUGAAGGACAGGCUCCCAGGCCAAGGUUGAGGCCAACCAGUCCUGAGCUUUAGGCCAGGGGAAUGGCAGCACCCCUGGAGCCUCAGGACGAGGCCCCUGGGGAGGGAGAAGGGCUGCUGAUUGUGAAGGUGGAAGAUUCCUCCUGGGAGCAGGACUCUGCCCAGCAAGAAGACAACAGGGAUUCUGAGGUCUGUCGCCAGCGCUUUCGGCAUUUUUGCUAUAGGGAUGUGGGCGGGCCCCAUGAGGCCUUCAGUCAGCUCUGGGAGCUCUGCUGCCGCUGGCUGCGGCCUGAACUGCGCACCAAGGAGCAGAUCCUGGAGCUGCUGGUGCUGGAGCAGUUCCUGAGUGUGCUGCCCGGAGGCGUCCAGGACUGGGUUCGAGAGCGGUGUCCAGGGAGUGGCGAGGAGGCCGUUGCCUUGGUGGAGGUCCUGCAGAAACAGCCAGUGAAAGCAUGGCCGCAGGAAGUGCCCUCAGAGGACGUGGAACCUGAGGCUACAGUCCAGGGACCCCAGGCCAAGGGGCUUCCCAUGAAGGUGGGGGCACGAAGCUGGCCACGUGUACCUUGGGAGCAGCACAGCCAUGGUGCCCAGCUUCCUGCUCUUAAAGAAGGGAGUACCAGAGAGACAACCGAUACCUGCUUUACCUCUGAGGCCCAUGGACCUGUGACAUUUGGAGACAUUCCUUUCUAUUUCUCCCGGGAAGAGUGGGGGUCUCUGGACCCUGCUCAGAGGGAACUCUUUUGGGACAUAAAGCGAGAGAACUCCCGGAAUGUUGCCCUGGCUCUGGUCCCGGAACCCAGCGGAACUGAAGAGGCCGCCCCCUCUCGGCUUGCAGGUGUGGGGCUCCAGAGCCCAAGCGAGCGAUCCGGGCUGGAGGAGGCGGUGACGGCGCUGCCGGGCCAGGCCGGCGGCGGCGGCGGCAGCGGGCGCGGCGACGUGACUGUGUCCUGGAACCCCGAGGAGCCCGAGGCCUGGGACGGCGAGGCCCGGCCGGGGGCGCCCGUGGGCCGCGCGGUGGGGGCGCGGAGGGGGCGGCCGCCCGCGCGCCGGCGGCCGCUGCGAGACCUGGCAGCCGAGAAGCCGCACAGCUGCGGCCAGUGCGGCAAGCGCUUCCGCUGGGGCUCGGACCUGGCGCGCCACCAGCGCACGCACACGGGCGAGAAGCCGCACAAGUGCCAGGCGUGCGAGAAGAGCUUCCGCAGCUCGUCGGACCUGCUGCGCCACCAGGGCGUGCACACGGGCCAGAAGCCCUUCUCCUGCUCCCAGUGCGGCAAGAGCUUCAGCCGCAGCGCCUACCUGGCCGACCACCAGCGCAUCCACACGGGCGAGAAGCCCUUCGGCUGCAGCGAGUGCGGCAAGAGCUUCUCGCUGCGCUCCUACCUGCUGGACCACCGGCGCGUGCACACAGGCGAGCGGCCCUUCGGCUGCGGCGAGUGCGACAAGAGCUUCAAGCAGCGCGCCCACCUCAUCGCCCACCAGAGCCUGCACGCCAAGAUGGCCCAGCCUGUGGGCUGAGGGCUGGCGAGGGCCCUGCGGCCAACCCGGAGUGGGGGCUGGGGGGGAUGGUGUCCCCAGGGCGAAGCAGCCACAGGCCCCCGGUGUUCUCUCUCCCCAUCUGCGGCCUCCAUCCUGGCUGCCUGCCCCGCCUCGCCCCUAGGCCUAGCCUACACUCCCAGGGAAUGGAAAGUCCCCACCACCUCGCGGCCAUUCCCCUUCUUGCUUCCCGGGUUUCUCUUGUCCUUUGGCUUCCUGGUGCCCCAGCACAUUCCUGGCCCGUGGCCUCAGCGUGGGAGAAAGGCCUGGGCGUCAGGGAAGUGUGAGGACUCUGGCAGGGCCUGGGGUCCCCCACCCCCCGGCCUUGCUUGCCCCAUGGCUCUUUGUUGCCGGCCAUGUCAGCUGAGUCCGUGGGCCGGGCCCUCUGCCCUGCCAAGCUGUGCCUUCUGGUGGGUGUGGAGGACAGGCCUUGACCUGCAGGAUGCUUCUGGGUUCUGGGAGGGACAGCCCAUCCCUGGGAGGAUCUGGGUCCUGGGUGUGGCCACGGGCUUUCCAGCCCCAUCCCUCCCCAUUUCCAGGCCGUGACCACUUUGCCCCGCCUGGAGACAUGGAAACUGCCUGCCUCUGCUCGAAGCUGACUUGCCCCCAAGCGAGUCCCUGAGAGCGACCCCUGCCAAUCUGGUGUGGGUGGGGGCAGCUCCAGGGACAGGAAGCCCACACUGAAGACCAAGGACAGGGCUGGUGGAGGCUGGCUGCUCCCCGCUGCUCCCCUCUCCAGAGGUGUGGGGUUUGUGAUACUUAACACUAGCACUCUGUUAGCGCUUUGUCGCUGACUCCCUAAGCACUGCAUUCCAUGGUGCCGUCCGCAUUGUCUGCAGAUGGGCAUUUGCAGGGACAGACCACAGGCUCUCCAAAGGAGCUCAGCUCUGCUGGUCUCAAACGGGCAGCAGAAGAUGUUGAAUAAAUAACGGAAACUUC